GAACCACCAAAGCUGCAAUGACUGGGCAAACAGUGCUGUAGAUGUGUGUCUUAUCACAAACACGCUCCUAGUUUAAGAGCUUUCUUGCUACACCACAAGCUGAGAUCAGUAGGCAGACAGAAUGCCGUGGCCUUUUUCAGAGUCUAUUAAGAAGCGGGCCUGCAGGUAUCUGCUGCACAGAUACUUGGGUAAUUUCCUGCAAGAAAAACUAAGUUUGGACCAGCUUAGUGUGGACCUUUACCAAGGCACAGGUUCGCUUGCACAAGUGCCACUGGACAAGUGGUCACUAAAUGAAGUCCUGGAGUCAGUGGAUGCUCCGCUUGAAGUAACCGAGGGCUUUAUCCAGACUAUUUCCCUCACUGUACCAUGGGCAUCUUUGCUUCAGGACAACUGUGCUCUGGAAGUUAAAGGCUUGGAAAUUGUUUCCAGGCCAAGGCCUCGAAUGACAUCUGGGAUGGAGCCUAUGUACUGGUCGAGCUUCAUGACCAGCAGUAUGCAGCUAGCAAAGGAAUGUCUUAGCCAGAGACUCACUGAUGACCUAGGAGAGAACUUCCAGCCUCUGGAGGGUCUAGAGAAGUUUGCGGAGACAAUUGAAACAGUUUUGAGAAGAGUCAAGGUCACAUUUUUGAAUACAGUCUUCAAGAUAGAACAUAUUCCAGAAAAUUCCAAAACUGGAAUUGUCCUUGAAAUUAGAAUAAAAAGAAUGGUUUACUGUGAUGAGGCUGCUGAAGAAGGCUCAAGCAUGAAUGUUCACCAACCCACCACAUUUGCUCACAAAAAUCUGACAUUGGAGGGUGUCAGUGUUUUCUGGAAUGAGUUUUCAGAGGCAUCCCGUGCCAGCAUGAAAUCUUCCCCCACUCAAUCAGAGACUGAGCCUAAGCUGUCCCCUAGCUGGAAUCCAAAAAUCAUCUGUGAGCCUCACCCGCAGUUCACAGAGCCUGUGUGUACCAGCACACAAUUUGAACCUGUGCAGGUGGGCUGCCUAAGUGGCAAAAUGGAACUGUCCCUGGUACUGAAGCAGAAUGAAGCCAUGCCUGGAGCCAAGUUGGACAUUGAUGGACAGAUCGAUUCAUUGAUCAUGCUGCUCUCGCCAAGGCAAGUCCAUCUGCUGUUGGAUAUGUUUGGAGUCUUUUCUAGCUCAGCAGUCCAGAAGUGGUCUGGCUUGGCCAAGGAUAGAAAAAGUCGGCCCAUGCAGCAGGAGGAUGAAUACCGUCUUCACAUGGAGCUCAACCGCUGCUUAAAAAAGGAGCCCAUGAGUGCUUGCACUGAACAGGACCUGUUUGACAGCAAGAUUGACAGAACAGUAUCAAGUAGAGCAGAAGAUGUAUUUUUCUCCAUGGCUGACAUGGACAUGUCACACAGUCUUUCAUCUCUUCCUCCCCUUGGUGACCCGCCCACUGUAGACCUGGACCUGUCUCUUAACAGCAAUUACUCCACCUCCCUGGGAGAGUCACCCUCUGGCAAUGCAACUGCUGUGUGGGAGGAGUACUUGGACAUGCCUAAACAGAAGGAGAAAGAGACACCUUCAUUCUCCAGAGACUCUCAGCUAACACAUAAGCUGCUCAGACAGACCUCUCAUUCAUCUAAGGGUCACUGUGAUGAGUCCAGGCCUGAGCUGGUUUUUAGGUUGACGGUGGGCAAUAUCUGCCUUUCUGUACUUCACAUCGAUCCUCUCCCGCCACCAGACUCUGCUCUUAGCCCCCUUGCACCAAUGGCUUCAGAAUUUUUUCGCAUGAUGACGGCUGAUCAGCUUUAUGUUAGAGGGUUUCUCCAGUCUCGAGCUGUUUUUGACCAGGCCUGCCCACAUGAUCAUCUCAGAUUCAUAGGUGAGGGGUUGAGGGUGACAUAUGAGCAUUGCCAGGGCUCUAGUAUGCGCACUCUUUGUACAGAUCUGUCCCUAAGGUGUAUGGAGUUACUAGAAUGCCUCUACCCCACUGAGCACUGCGGCAUGAGUGCGCAGAGUAAAGUACAGUACACUGAGCUCUUGACAUUUGAUUUGGCUUCCAGUGGUGUGUCUCCCAACCAUAGUUGUCUUCAUCUGUUCUACAAGCUUACAGAGCGCAAAGGCCCACAGGGUGGGCAGGUGCGUCUGAGUGCUAUGCCCCGUAAAGCGGAGUUUCAGGUGGAGCUCGGUAUGGCUCAGGCAGAGUGUGACAUCAGCAUUGUGGACCGGCUCCACUCCUUGCUCCAGCCCCAGAAACUGGGAACCACUGAAACCAUGGCCUCCCACAUGUACACCUCCUACAAUAAGCAUGUUAGCCUUCACAAGGCCUUUGCAGAGGUGUUUCUUGAAGAUAGCCGUAGCCCAACAAACUGCCUGGUAGCCGUGUCGGUGAAUGCUCCUAAGCUGGUGCUGGUGAUCCGGUUUCCCAUCCCAGACCUGCGCUCGGACCAGGAGAGGGGCCCCUGGUUUAAAAAAUCUCUACAAAAAGAGGUGCUGCGCUUGGAGCUGGAGGACCUGGAGCUGAAAACUGAGUUCACUGGAGACAGCUCACCUGAGCAAACCAAGAUGGAGCUCACCUUUAAAGAGCUCAGUGGUACAUUCCAGAAUGACAAGGAUGAGUCUGCUGCCAAGUUCUUACGUGUGUCGCACACAAUGGAGGAGAACAUGACCUCUUCCGACAGCGGCAAGUUUGAUUGGCCCAGAGUGGUCCUUAAGGUAAACCCCAAGGUUGUGCACUCCAUCUUGGAGCGGGUUACCACUGAAGAGGAAGAGGAAGGCGCUGAAGAAAAUUUACAGGAGGAAGAGGAGGAGGAAGGAGCUGCCCACUCCUUAAAAGAUGUGUGUGAUUUUGGCAAACCUGAGCCCUCGCCUUUCUCCUCUCGACGUGUUAUGUAUGAAAAUGAAGAGAUGGUCAUCCCAGGAGACGUAGUGGAGAUGACAGAAUUCCAGGAGAAAACCAUGAGCAACUCUCGUUACAUUCUUGAACUGUCUUUCCCCAAUGUGCAACUAUCUCUACCCAAUAAGGCCUUUUAUGAGAAACUCCACAACAGGAUAAACAAUGACCUGCUGUUGUGGGAACCCACUGCACCAUCACCAGUAGAGACGGUGGAGUGCAUGCCGUAUGGAGUUGGCCUUUCUGUUGCCAGCCAGCUCAUCAGCACCUACAGCAAGGACAGCUUUAGCCAAUUUAGAUCUCCUGGCACUGAGGAUGAAGAGAGUGGAUCAGAAGAUGAAACGCUCCCAUACUACACUCCUGAUGAACUGAGCUAUAGAAACAUAAGGAGGAAGAAAAAUAAGAUGCAGUCUAGGAACUCACAGAGUCUGUUCUCUGUCCUCCUGUCUGUCAAUCAUUGUCUGGUAGCAUUGCAUACAGAGGCUAAGCAAACUGAUAACUCUCUGCUGAAAAAUAAGCAUGGGGAGUUCUGGAUGGAGGUGAAGAAUGGAGUUGUGUUUGGUGUAACACAGUAUGAAGGAUAUAAAGACCAGCACUAUGUCUGCUUUCACACCUCCACCAUUUGUCUCUAUCAUCAAGGAUCAGUAGAUGGUGAUGUCCCAGUGUGGGAUGUGAAGCUGCCGUGCAGGACGCGCCCGCAUUGGUUGGAACCAGUGGUGUAUGUAUGCGAGUCUCCGACCGAGAAAGCAUCUCCCUCAGAGGGGCUGAAUUUGGAGCCUCACAGUAUGCUGUCCCUCGCCCUGAAGAUUUCCUCUCAGAGCACGGAGCGCAAUGUAAAGGAGUUUCUGAUUGCGGUUGGAGUAAGGGGAGCCACAUUGCAGCACAGAGUUGUGCCCUCCUCACUGGGCUGGUAUGACCAGUUGGUUGACUUUUUGAACGUGACCGAUGAGCCUGUGCUUGGGUACACACCUCCAUCCUAUCUAACUACAUUUCAUUUGCAUCUGUGGAGCUGCUCUCUGGACUACAGGCCAUUGUAUUUACCUAUAAGGUCUCUGCUCACAGUAGAGACGUUUAGUAUUUCCAGCAGUGUGUCUCUGGAUCACUCAUCCUCCACUCUCAGAAUCAUUCUUGAUGAGGCAGCACUGUUUUUGUCUGACAAGAGCAAUGCUGUGUCUGUCAACCUGGCCCGAGAUUAUGUGCAGGUGGUGGAUAUGGGAACUUUGGAGCUCAGGAUCACAGCAGUCAAACCUGGUGCAGAUGGAGAAAGGAUGGAGCCACGGUUCGAGCUGCGUUGUUCGAGUGAUGUCAUUCACAUUCGGACUUGCUCAGACUCGUGCGCUGCUCUCAUGAACCUUAUCCAGUACAUCGCUAGCUAUGGAGAUCUGCUGCCUCCAGUCAGACUUGAGAGCAAAGGCAACAGCGCCAAGCAAAGGGCAAAGCUGGAGGUAGUGAGCCAACCGGUUUCCCACGCUCCAUUGCUACCUGAAGCUGAGCAGCAGAUGCUGCAGGACCUGAUGAGUGAUGCCAUGGAAGAGACAGACUCCAUGCAGAGCCACACCCUGCAAACCAAUGGUCUCCAUAACGAUCAGAUAAGCGAUCAUGACCCACCACACUCUGACCUCUUCCUUUUCCCGGACGAGAGCGGCUCAGUGACCCAGGAUCCUAACCCCACCUAUCCAAUGCUGCAUUCGCCCCUAAUUUCUCCUCCUGUUUGUAGCACGCACCAUGAAUCUGAUGACUUCUGCAUUCUGGAUUCUCCAGGCUUAAGAGCAUUGGAGAGGGAUGAAGAACCAGUGGUACAAAAGUAUACCACAGAUCCCAUUGUAGUGCUGGAAAACCAUUUUAGUGAACCAAUGGAGGGCAGCAGUUCCAGCAGAGGCCCACUGAACCUUCCUGUGCCUGAAGUUAGGUACCUGGUUAAAGAGAUCUCUGUGGUCUGGCACCUUUAUGGAGGAAAGGACUUUAGCAGCGGUCUGCUCUCAUCCUCUCCGGCUCGCAGUCGCGGGUGCACUCCUUACAGCUCCCCCUCUCAAACGCCUGUAAGACAGGCACGCAGAGGCUCCCGCUCUGGAGGAGGUUGGGGCAGGAAUUUAGACGUGUUAAUGGAGAUCCAACUCAGCAAGGUACGAUUUCAACAUGAGAUUUACCCUGUGGUGGGCCCAGAAGCUAAAACACUGGCAGAGCAGCCAGUAUCCAGACAAGUGUUCUCAGUGCAGGAUCUAGAGAUACGAGACAGACUGGCCUCAUCCAUGAUGAACAAGUUUCUGUACCUGUACUCUAGCAAAGAGCUGCCUAGGAAAGCCCACUCCAACAUGCUGACAGUCCGAGCAUUGCAUAUGCGCCCAGAGGCGGGACAGGCUCCACAGGAGUGCUGUCUGCGUGUCUCCCUAAUGCCACUGCGCCUCAACGUCGACCAGGAUGCUCUGUUCUUUCUAAAGGAUUUCUUUACCAGUCUGGCUGCAGACGUAGAGCUCUUUUCACCACCAGAGCAGGAAGCACUGUGUGUAUCCAUGAAAACAACUCCAGGACCAGAGGUAGCAUGCACAUUCUCUAAAUACAGCGGAGGAGCAGGUCAGGACCCUGCACCAAUUAUCUCUGUUCCCACCCAAACUCGCUCUACUCAGAACGGUUUAGAAGCCUCGAGUGGUGAACAACAACCUGAGACUGCCACCACAUCAUUCACAGACCAGCCUAUCUUUUUCAGAGAGUUCAGGUUUACUUCUGAGGUGCCAAUCCGGCUAGAUUACCAUGGGAAACACAUGGCCAUGGAGCAGGGUACACUUGCAGGUAUAAUAAUUGGACUGACCCAACUAAACUGCUCUGAACUCAAGUUGCACCGACUCUGCUACAGACAAGGGCUGCUGGGUGUGGACAAGCUCUUUUCUUAUGCUCUUAAUGAAUGGCUCAAUGAUAUAAAGAAGAACCAGCUUCCAGGGCUGCUUGGUGGAGUGGGACCUAUACAUUCCCUAGUGCAACUGGUCCAGGGCUUUAGAGAUCUAGUGUGGAUGCCUAUAGAGCAAUAUCGGAAGGAUGGGAGGAUUGUGCGGGGCUUUCAGCGGGGUACUGCCUCAUUCGGGACCUCGACUGCAAUGGCAGCCCUGGAGCUUACCAAUCGUAUGGUGCGAACAAUCCAGGCAGCUGCUGAGACAGCCUAUGACAUGGUGUCUCCAGUGCCAGAUGAAAGAGAAUGCAAAAAAGUUAAACGGUACUCACACUAUCGACUUACUCAUCAGCCUGUGGACCUCAGAGAAGGAGUAGCCAAUGCCUACAAUGUAGUAAGGGAGGGCAUCACGGACACGGCUUUGACAAUUUACGGUACAGCCACCCGUGAGCAUGAGCAAAGAGGGAUGACUGGUGCAGUGGGCGGAGUCUUACGCCAGCUUCCACCUGCUGUUGUUAAACCUCUGAUCGUUGCAACGGAAGCCACCUCCAAUGUUUUGGGAGGAAUGAGGAACCAGAUUCACCCAGACGCUCGCCAGGAGGAAUCGCAGAAGUGGCGUCUUGGAGAAGAAUAAGUGAAGAUGCAAAUGGUGUUUAAUGACUGUACGAAGAGACACUACACCAAGCUGGGCUACACGGGUAGAGUUAACUUGGCUUAUUGCCACCUUAUAACUUUGAUGGUUGAUGGACAGUUUGUAAAAGAUUAUUUAGGGUAGUGGUAGUGCCAUGAUACCAUGGUACAGGGACCACUGUAGCAAAGCCCGAGCUUCAGUUGUCAGAAGCAAAGUAAAGCUGGAUUAACCAAGGUUUCUUUAUUUUUUACUGGCAUUGCUUUCCCCUCUGAUUUAGAUGAAGUCACGUUACACUGUACAUUCAAACUAGAACACUGGAGACAUUAUUGCUGUUAGUACUAAAGUAAUGAAAUGCAAUGUUUGUCUCCAAACUUCUGUUAGCUGUGGUGUCUAUAAAAUAAAUUGUUUACCCCACCAAAAGACAUCCAUGCAGUGCCUUUAGAGGUUUAUUAUAAAUAUUGAUUGAGAUAAUGUGCUUCAGUCUACAGAUAAUACAUCUUAAUCAGCAACAUUCAUGUUAAUUUCCAUUUCUAUAGACAAGAGUUGUGUAAGGUUGUACGACGCUGUAAUAUCUGGGAUAAUGCUACAGUAAUUUCUGGUGCAUUAGGCUGCUGAAAAAAAUGCUAUUAUUUUCUGAAACCCAGGGAUAAGCAUAAGAGAAUGACAGACAGAUCAAUAUUUUUAUGGAUGAAAUUUAAGAUUUUCGAAACAGCCAGUCUGUGCUGUCACCUGUGGUUGUAAAUUCUGAUUAGUGCUUUAUAAAAUCCCCUCGCCAUUGGUACUUGGUAAACUCAUUGUUUGCAAUGACAAAAGGCUUUCUAAACUUUGUUAGAUGUUUUGUGGGACGUUCGAUACAUUUGCUUUUGUAACAUUUUCUGAACAGCUUCAUCACAAAACAAGAGUUAUGCAACUGAACAUUAGAAGGUUAAAACAUUAUCACAUAACACAUUUGGAAAAUCAUCCUUAAGCAUAUAAAAUGUGAAUAUUUGUAUAGAUUGUGCAGUUGUGACUUGUGCAGUGUUUUAUAGUUUAGUGUAACACAUUUCUGAAAGUAUCUUAAAGGUGCAUAACAUUUGCUUAACGAUCUUGCAACUACCCACCUUAAUCACCUACCUAAUUUUGUUUUCUUUCAAAUGGUCGUACGUUUUGUAUAUAAGUGUACAGUUGAUUUGUGCAGUUUAUAUGAAUGCACGUGUUAUCAAAAAAGGGAAAUAAACUAUUUAAUGUCCA